UGUAACUCGAUGUCGACGAAACAGCGGAGCACACAACUUCAGCAUACAAAACGACGCGGUGCUCCUUCUAGAGCAGCAAAAUUCCCGGUCUUCAUCUCAUUUCCGUUAUUCGUGAAGCCAAGGUUGGUCAUGUCCGAUUAAUCUCUGCCAUCAGCCAUUCUGAAAUCAGAGCCCCACGUACACGAAAAUGAAUUUACGCCGUCAUAAAACCACUCCUCAACAAGUGACAGUAAUGUUAUCUAUUACCAUCAUUAUUGGUGUCUAUUUGGUCACGACGUCCGUCACCAAAAGAGAAGAUUUCAAUUUCUUAACGACGACCGCCGUGCCCCGAGAAGAACGAAUAAAGAUCAUCAAAUGGAAACGCAAUCAAACUUUAUUGUCGCCAUGGGAGAAUUCAAUUCUUACCGACUCUGAGCGCAUUUAUUUUCACGAAACCACCGGCCGAGACAGUGUCAACCUGAGACAAUUAUGCGCCGUCGAGUCGGCAGCCAAAGAAAAUCCUAAACGUUCCAUCCAGCUCUUCUUCCAAACUGAUUACGUCAACCUAACCGACAGUCCUCUCGGUUCCAUCAUGAAAUAUUAUCCCAACAUUGUCGUGAUUCUCAUCAAUGCCAGUGAUUAUUUCGCCAGUACGCCGCUAGAAGGUUGGUACUUGCGCGGUGUGUGGAGGAGAAGUCCGUACAGAACGGAGCAUUUCUCCGACUACAUCCGCAUUCUAACUCUGCACAAAGGCGGCGGAAUGUACAUGGACCUCGACUUUGUAACGCUCAAGACGUUGGAUCCGAAAAUAUUCCAGGAUUUUGUGCCGGAAGAGGACAAAGGUGUACUGACGGGAUCUUCUUUUCAUUUCCAUCGGGAUCACCCAAUUAUCCGCAAGAUGAUAACCUAUUUGGCGUCGUCCUAUCAUCCGGAAGAAUGGACUUAUUCGGGUCCCGCAAUGUUUCAAUCGAUUGUGCUCAAGUAUUGCCGCAAAAAGUUGCCGAAACCCACUCACCCGGCGUUACUUUGCCCCGAUGUGAAGAUUAUGCCGAGAAAAUAUUUGUAUCCGUACAAAUUCGCGGAUUGGAAGGAAUUUUUCCGUAAUGACGUUCCUCGUAACGGCGAUAAAACAUUUAAAAGCUACGCCGUUCACAUGUACAACAAAUUGUCAAAAAACGAACCCGUCCUGGUUGGAUCCAAUCAGAUUUACAGUAGGAUCGCUAGAAUUCAUUGUCCACUUACGUACGCCCAUGCGGUCAAUUCGUUUUAAUUCAUUUCCUUGUGCAAUUAAUAUUCGCUGAAAAAUACAAAAAGUAAAAGAAA